GAGUCGGUCAGAUCACAUGAGCUGAGUUCAUGUGACUCAUUCACGUGCUCUUCUCGGGAAUAAAUAAAAAGAGGGCCGUGUUCAAACCCACAGUCUCACUGUGACCUGGCACACCUGGACCCGAAGAUCUGACCCAGUUCACACCAGCAGUUGGCAAUCUCACUAUAGGCACAAUGUGGCACUCAGCCAUCCUCCUCCUGGCUGCCAGCCUGUCGGUGAGCCUGGCCAGGCCCCACAUCCAUCCAUUGUCUGAUGAGAUGAUCAACCAUAUCAAUAAAUUAAAUACAACUUGGAAGGCUGGUCACAACUUCCGUAACGUUGACUACAGUUAUGUCCGGAAACUCUGCGGUACAUUGCUGAAGGGACCCAAACUGCCAAUCAUGGUUCAGUAUGUUGGAGACGUGGCGCUGCCCAAACAGUUUGACGCCAGGGAGCAGUGGCCCAACUGUCCCACCCUGAAGGAGAUCAGAGACCAGGGCUCCUGUGGAUCCUGCUGGGCGUUUGGUGCUGCAGAGGCCAUCUCCGACCGCGUAUGCAUCCACAGCAACGCCAAGGUCAAUGUAGAGAUCUCCUCCGAGGAUCUGCUGACGUGCUGUGAAAGCUGUGGCAUGGGAUGCAAUGGUGGCUACCCUUCAGCUGCCUGGAACUACUGGACCAAAGAGGGACUGGUCUCUGGAGGUCUCUAUGACUCCCAUAUUGGUUGCCGGCCCUACACCAUCGCCCCCUGUGAGCACCAUGUGAAUGGGAGCAGGCCUCCCUGCACUGGGGAGGGUGGCGACACACCCGAGUGCAUACACAGCUGUGAAUCUGGAUACCAACCCAGCUACCAGGAUGACAAGCACUACGGUAAAACAUCGUACAGCGUGCCGUCAGAGGAGGAGCAGAUCCAACAUGAGAUCUACAAGAACGGCCCCGUAGAGGGAGCGUUCACAGUCUAUGAGGACUUCGUCUCGUACAAGUCUGGUGUGUAUCAGCACAUGUCAGGAUCUGCUGUGGGUGGACAUGCCAUCAAGAUCCUGGGCUGGGGAGAGGAGAACGGUGUCCCCUACUGGCUCUGUGCCAACUCCUGGAACACUGACUGGGGUGACAAGGGGUACUUUAAAUUCCUGCGUGGGUCUGAUCAUUGUGGUAUUGAGUCUGAAAUUGUGGCAGGAAUUCCCAAAUAAAACCUCAGGGUUUUAUCUGCAGCAUUAUGACAUUGUCACUAGAGGGCGACACACACUGCUUGGAACUACAACUAAUUUUUUUUUUUUUUUUUUUAAUAGUUAAAGCCAACGGAUCGCUUUGUGCACACUGCAUGUGGUUUUCCUUUGACAGACAGGACUCACUUACUUUAGGUGGAUUUACAGAUGGAAUAGGACGACACAGCAACAAUAUACCUGAGCACCAGAUGCCAUAGUUACACUGCGUGGUUCAGAUUAGGUCUCGUCUUUCACUUCGUAUGACAAGCAGGACACGAGAGGAAUAUGUUAUUUUUUUUUUUUGCACUGGUGUACAAUGUGGACUUUAUUUUGUGAGCAGAAUGAUUGUAGUUGUGGUUAAUUAAGGACAAGAAGCCUGUUUGUUUGAAUGAGUAAUUUGUGAUAAUCACAGCUUUCAUAUUGAUUUGCUACUUUGAAUUCCCUACCAGUGCUACUCCAUAUGUCAGAACGUACUGUCUGGAACUUGUGCCUGUUUGUGUUUUUAAAUUUUAGUAUGAGAUUUUUUUAAACACUGUUAGAAAUUAGAUGCGAGUGUUUUUAUCUGUCAGUAUUGAUAAUGUCGAUACAUUGCUGUUUUGAAUUGAAUAAAAUUUGGUUUCAACUA